UAUUAAUACAGAGACUAAUUUUUUUUUGAAACAUCGAAGGUCCUGUAUAGUCUACUAUUAAUUUAUAUUAUUAAAUAUAAGCGUUUUACUUGUAAUUUGAUGAUAAGCAUACAUCGAACUGAAAUCUUGUCAUUAUGUUUGUCUCUCGGGGAGAUAUACCAAAACUGGAAGUUCAGUGGUCUCCAGUACAUAAAAAUAAAUUUAUUACUUGGGGUCCUGACAUUCGAAUGUACGAAGUAAUAAACACCACCAUUUCUGAAGGUUCUAAAAGUAGUGACACUCCAAAAGGUUUAGUUUUGUCUUCUAAUACAGCAGCUAAUUUGUUAGCAACAAGUACAAACCACCGUUAUGUUAAGUGCAUUGAUAUAUAUCCAAAACCAGAGUCUGAAAUUAUGCUGGCUAUUGGACAUGCUAAUGGCAAAGUGACUUUUUGUACAUUUGGUUUAGCAACCGUGAAUAAUACGUUAGCUGGACUUGAAUUAGGACCAAAUUCACGCUUUUCUCGUCAAUGUAAUGCAAUAUCAUGGAAUCCAGUUAAUUAUAAUUUAUUAGCUUGUGGUUUGGAUAGACACCGUUCUGAUCAAUGUGUUCAAAUAUGGGAUGUAGAAAAAAGUCCUUUGAUUAAUGCUGAAUUAUCGCCAGGAAAACCAUUCUUUGAUUAUGGAACGGGAGAAACUGCUCAUUCUUUAGCUUGGUUUAAUUCAUCUCCUCAUGUUUUAGCUGUUAGUUGCAAUACUAAAAACAUUCGUUGCAUUGAUAUCAGAGAUGCAUCUAAAUCAAUAAAUGUAACUCAAACUAGAGCAGUGUAUGGUAUUAAUAUAGCAGUGUAUAACAAUAACCAUAUUGUUUCAUAUUGUGAUAAUAGUAUAGUUUUGUGGGACUCAAGGCAUUUAGAAAAACCAGUUGUAACUUUAACACAGAGUAAAAGCGUUUCUAAAGUUCAAUGGUGUCCGACAAGGCAUAAUUUAUUAGGGUCUUUACAAAAAGACACUAUGGCUAUAAGCUUACAUGAUAUGCAACAAAGCAUGGAUGAAGCUGAACCUUCUGCUUUAGAGAGAACUGUACAUCCUGGACAAGGCAACAUACAUUUAGCUUCAUUUUCAUGGCAUCCAACUCAUGAAAAUAGAUUACUAGCUAUUUCUCAAACUGGUGUUUUAAAUGAUUAUUUUGUAUUUGAGAGGAUGACUUUGAAUUGGUCCACUAAAUCAAAUAUAGCUUGGACAUAUGGGCAGCACAACCUUAAAUAUAUAAGUGAUAAAGAUUUAGUUUAUUCUUCAUUUGAAGAUAUAUCAACUAUUAUUAAAAUGCGUGCGUUUUCACAAUAUGGCAUUAAAGACUUUGCAGAGAAUGCUAAACUUGUAGAUGAUCCUAUCAUAAAAAACGUAUGGAAUUGGUUGGAUUUAAAUAGAAAAGUAACUAGGGCUGGUAUUGUACCUACAACUCCAAAUGUACCAUUUCCAGGAAUAAAAACUGUUCUUGGCUUAGAUUCUGGAUCUUCUAUGCCUAAAUCGGAACUAAAGCAUGUUCAAUGGGUUGAUAUCCAGGGCACAGUAAAAACUUAUCGGAGUUUAGCCAGGGAUAAUGCAUUAUUUUUAUGUGACUGGGGAUUUGAUCGUAACAAUGCAUUACAUAUAUCUGCUCUGUUAAGAAAAUUAGAAAAUGAAAAUGCUCAUACUAGAGCAGCUUCUAUAGCAAUUUUUAAUUUAAGAAUGCGUGAUGCUAUUGAAACAUUGAAUAAAGGUGCAAAUCAACAACCCAAUUUAAGCAUGAUUGCAAUGGCUUUAUCAGGUAUAACUUUGUUUAAAUGUACAUUUAUGUUGUUUAAAUUUAUCAUUAGUUACCGAGAUAUGUUAAACCAAUGGAGAAUGUGGCACAUACGAGCCAAAUUUGAUAUAGCCCUUAAAGCAGUAAAACCUCCACCCCAAAAUGUUUUUUUAUCUUGCAAUUACUGUGGAAAAAAUAUCUGUCCAGCAGCUGAUGAAAAGGAGAAAGAAAGUGAAAAGGAAACAAAAGUUCUAAGAGUAAAAGAACAAACAGAGAACGGAUCAAAUAAUUUCAAAUUUACAUCAUGCCCCAAUUGUCAAAGUCCGCUGCCUCGGUGUGCGUUAUGUCUUGCACAUUUAGGCACUGCCAGUGCCAAAGUACCAUUAAGAAAAACAUCUGGCAAACAAUUAACAUCUAACAAUGCAUAUGUGAUGACUGGGCAAAGUGCUAAUAGUUUUUCAUAUUGGUUUUCAUGGUGUCCUACAUGUAAUCACGGAGGUCAUUCUAAUCAUAUCAGUGACUGGUUUAAGAAUCACUUGGAAUGUCCAGUCGCUGAUUGUGUUUGUCGAUGUUAUUCUUUGGAUUCAACAAGUCGCUAUUGCUCUGUAUAG